CAUCCGGAGCAGCGGCGCCAGCCCGACGCCGGUAGCCAUGGCCUCGAACUCCUGCCCGCCAUCCCCGCUGCUCGUGCGGGUGUCUAUGCCCAACCUCCGGCCAAAUCUGCAUAGGAAGCUGGAAAGCUACUUCCAGAGCCGGAAGACCUCGGGCGGCGGGGAAUGCACCGUCCGACCCAUGGGUCCCCACACCCCGGACACCUUCAUGGUGCUGUUCCUGGAAAGGGCAGCUAAGGACAGAGUGUUGAAAAAAGAAAAUCAUCAAAUUUUUAUUCACAACAAACCUGUGACUAUUUUCCUGGAACCCACUGAAAAUCCAAUAGAGAGGAAUAUGAGACCCGGAAUGCCUCAAGUGCAAACACCAUCACAAGAAGGGGCAAGUCCUAGUGGGAAACAUCCAAAUGAAGGACGUAUUCCUAAUGCUGUGGAUUCCUGUGUCCAAAAGAUCUUUCUUGCUGUCACAGCUGAACUGAAUUGCAGCCUGUUCUCUAAAGAGCAGCAGGAGCACAUAACCACUCUUUGCCCCAAUGUCAAAAAAAUGGAGAGUUACAAUGGCAUUGUGAAGGUGUGUGGUGACUUCAAAGAUAUUGAAAAAAUACAUGGCUUCUUGAGUGAGCAACUCCUAAAAAGGGAGUGGGAACAUGAAUCAUCCCAGUUGACAACAGAGCGAGAACCACUCCAGCAAGACCAGAACAGCUGUGAUUCUCCGUCUGAACCAAACACCAAGUCAGAAGCAACAAGCACCUCUUUUAAAGUUCCCUUGCUUCUCUUUGAAUACUUCAAACAUACCAACCCUGGAAAAAUGGACUUAAUAGAGAAAAAAUUUGAUAUAAAAAUAAAAAGUCAGGAGAGUUCACCUAAUGAGGUCUCUUUAGAUUUCAUCUCAAGUCAAUCAGGUGACCUCAAAGCAGCUCAAGAGUCUUUUAUCUGUGAAUUUCAGCAGAGCAUAGGAACAAUGAAGCAGGAAUGUGUUGUAUUGGCAGACAGUAAACAGGCAAAUAAAAUCAAACACAAAUUGAGUCACCAGUUUCAAAAGCUUUAUAUAAAGGAGAAUGGAGGAGAAUUAACUAUCCUUGGUACCCACGAUGACAUUUCAGCUGCCAGACAUUUUCUUGCCCCCCAAACCUCUGAAAGUCUUGUCAGGGCACCUGUGAAAAUAUCAAUUUCCUGGGAUACAGUCAACAGAAUUACAGUCGACACGGCACACUACAACCUUUUAAAAGCUGAAUUACUCCAGGAGAUACCAGAGAUAGAACAAAAGUACAACACUCAAAGUAAGAUUUGGGAAGAAAGUCAGAAAACCUGCAUUCUAUUUGAACCUAAGGACAAGGAGUUAGAUCUGUCUGUGCAUGCUUGUGCAAGUUUCAUUGAUGCCUAUCAACAUGUCUCAUGUCAGCUGAUGAGAGAAGUUCUUCCAUUGAAAUCUUUGGGCAAGGAAAGAAAGGACUUACAUGAGACCAAGUUCAUUGGUGACUUUAGAAAUAAGCAUCCAGGUGUACACUUUGUGCUAAAUCAAGAGUCAGUGACCUUUAUUGGGUUGCCAAAUCAUAUUGCAAAGGCAAAGCAGUAUGUCUUAAAAGCAGGGGGAAUGUCCCUGUUAGCUGGACAGAAACAGAAUGAGAAACAUGAAACACCCAUGGGCAUUGAUAGUAAUGAUUCAGAAACAGCUUCACCAACAUCCCCGCGCUCUGCCAGUUCUGGGGCAUCAGGAGUGAACGAGAAAGAGGACAUAUGUGCCAUCUGUAUGGAGCCCAUUGGGAAAAAGCAAGUGCUACCAAAGUGCAAGCACGAAUUCUGCACCCAUUGUAUCAACAAAGCCCUGAAAUACAAGCCAGUCUGUCCAGUAUGCCUGACUUCCUAUGGGGUCCAGAAAGGGAAUCAGCCAGCGGGAACCAUGACUUUCAGCUUCCAAAAAGACCCGCUUCCAGGUUAUGAAUCUUGUGGCUCCAUUGUGAUUAAAUAUCAUAUGAAAGAAGGCAUACAAACAGAAGAGCACCCAAACCCAGGAGUGCCAUAUGCUGGAACACAGCGAAUUGCAUACUUGCCUAGUAACAGGGAAGGAAAGGAAGUUUUGGAACUGCUUCGGAAAGCCUUUGACCAAAAGCUAAUUUUCACAGUGGGGGUUUCUCAAGUUACAGGAUUAUCAAAUGUCAUUACAUGGAAUGAUAUCCACCAUAAAACGUCCAGGUCUGGGGGACCAGAAAGAUAUGGCUACCCUGAUCCUAAUUAUCUGAAACGCGUCAAACAGGAGCUGAAAAAUAAAGGAAUUGAGUAAGAAGACUACCGGAAGGAUGUCUUGAGCCAAAUUUUCAGAAGACACGGUUGGAGAGUAAAUAUCCCUAUGUCGAAAGACUUUUUACAAAUGUUCAUCUCAAGCAUUUAUGUAAGAGAAAGAAUCUGUUAGUCUGUCGUUUCUGGAGUGCUACUUUUUAUGGAAGAUAAAAGCCGCAAAGAGCUGGGUGAUUUUUGGUGCAGAGAUGUUAUGCUUCAUUCUUGGGUCAUUGUUGGAAGGAGGGGGGAUAGAGUGUUGUGGGCCUAAAAUCACCUUCUGUGCUCUUCAGUUGAAAUACUAGCUGCCAGUUGAUAGCUCUUUUCCUUACCAUCUCUGGGGUGCCCUUUAGUUUUUUGUUGGUUGCUUUGCCCUUUAAAUACCCUAAAGUAAAAUCCUAGUGUGAAUGGGGGAAGUGAGGAGGCUUUGGUUAUGAAAAAAUUAAAAGACACACAGUCCCCUCUUUCAUGGCCAGAAAAGUGGCCAGGAGAAGAGACUGGGCAACCUUUGGUAAUAAAUAGCAUAAGACUAUUAUUUUUCAUGACACAGAACCUGGUAUACAGUUGGCACUUAAUAAACUUCUGCUGCCUGACUUAGGUGGCUAAUCCCAAGCAGAGGAAUAUAUGUUCCCUAAAUCUUUAGCAGAGACAGGGGUAAGGAAGCCAUUUCUGGAGUCCUCACCACUGAUUUGGAAAACUUUCUUAUCUGGUUACCCACAUCGCAGCCUCUCUCGAAAAAUAAUGAAUGAGAUGUCUUUUUCUUUUCCUGAAGAUACACUUACACCCACAUACACGUUUUUGAUGAGAGGGUAAUAGCUAAUAUUUAUUGUGGACUUAUUUUGUCCCCUUUAUAAGAUCUUUAUAUUUGUGUGAUUGAUAAUACUAAUAUUUCCAUUUUAUAACUGAGGAAACUGAUGCACAGAGAGGAUACCAUGACAAAGUUCACAUAGUUAUCACGUGGAAGUACUUGGAUUUAAUGGAGAUAGCCUGGCCUCAAGGCUUCUCGACCCCAGAGCUGCUCCUCCACAAAGCUGACAAGAGUUCCUGUUACCCCGAGCUUCUCCAGCACAUUUCCUCCAAAGAAAUCUUAUUUGAAGAACUUAAAAACCCAGAAUCUUUUUACCUUUGUCCAGAGAGUUGAGGAAGUUUAAACUAAAUGAUAGGACUUUUUUUUUUUAAAUCAGAUGAUACAUUUAAAUUUUGGUGAUUCAUUAAAGUCUUUACCAUUAUGAUUAGUUGUUUUGUAUCUACUAAGCUUUAGCUAAAUUUACUUUAAAAAACCACACGUUUGGUUCCUGCUAAGGUCUAGAUCCUUGAUUACAAUGCGAGGUGUGCACAGGCAGUUUAAUAAUGUUAGUGGUUGGUGAGCC